CCCCGCGGGUUCAAAAGCUGCAGGUGAGCUGCAGGUGACGGACCGGGAAGGAGACCCGCGCGGAACAUGGACCCGCUCCUCCAGGGACUGAAGCUGGACAACCGGACGGCGCUCCAGCUGGCGGCCGCCGCCUGCGGGGCGGGAGCGCUGGCGGUGCUGCUGCGGACCGUCAGCCGCCGGCGGGCCGCGCGGGACAAGAUCCACAGAGCCCGAACCCGCCGGACCGAGAGUCUGCAGCGGGCGGAGCGGGAGCUGCAGCGGUACCGGCGCGCGCAUCCAUCCUCCGACUCUGCAGCGAUCCUCUCCUCUUCACUGACCAAACUGACAGACCGUCUGCAUGAAGGCUCGCUGACCCCGGAGGAAGUGUUUUACUUCUACAUGGAAAAGACUCUGGCUGCACAGGAGAAGCUGAACUGCUGCGCUGAAAUCCUGCCGGAGAGUUUCGACCAGCUGAAAACUCUUUCUUCCAACAAGGACGGCCUCCUGUACGGAGUUCCCGUCAGCAUUAAGGAGAAUCUGGAGUACAAGAACCACGACACUUCCUGUGGGGUAGUCGUUAAUCUGGACCGACCCGCCAAGAGGGACAGUGUGAUUGUUGAAGUUCUGAAGAGACAAGGAGCCGUCCCCUUUGUGAAGACCAACCUGCCCCAAGCUCUCCUGAACUACGACUGCAGCAACCCCAUCUACGGACAGACGCUGAACCCCCAUCACCUCCAGAAGACCAGCGGGGGCUCCUCCGGCGGGGAGGGGGCUCUCAUCGGUGCGGGGGGCUCGCUCCUCGGUAUCGGCAGCGACAUUGGGGGCAGUAUCCGAAUCCCCGCCUCAUUCUGUGGCAUCUGCGGCUUUAAGCCGACGGCGGGCCGGCUGAGUUCACAGGGUUUAGUUCCCAUUUACCGAGGGCAGAAGUCUGUGCCGUCCUCUCCUGGACCCAUGGCGAGGGACGUGGACAGCCUGGUUCUGUGCAUGCGGGCGCUGCUCUGCGACCACAUGUUCUCCCUGGACCCCAGCAUACCGCCGCUGCCCUUUAACGAGCAGAUCUACCAGAGCUCCAGACCUCUGAGGAUUGGAUUCCUUGAAAACGACGGCUUCACUGAAGGCUCUCCUUCCAUGGUCCGCGCUGUCAGAGAAGUGAAGGUUCUGCUGGAGCAGGCGGGCCACACUGUGGUUCCCUUCUGUCCUCCCAGGAUCAGUCAGAUCAUUCCUGAGCUGCUGCUGAAGGGACUGUUUGCAGAUGGAGCCACUAGUCUGCUGCGAAAACUGGAGGGGGGCCCCAUCGACCCCUGCCUGGCGCCCCAGGCUCGCCUCUACAGUCUCCCCGCGUGGCUGAAGAAGACGCUGUCCUUCCUCUUCAAGCCUUUCGCGCCUCGUUUCCCCGUGGUGCUCCGAUCUCUCUGUGGGAUCAGCUGCGUUUCAGAUCUGUGGGAGCAUCACGCCGCCGUCGAGGACUACGUCUCGGAGACCAUCGCCGCUUGGAAGAGGUCCAACCUGGACGUGCUGCUGUGCCCCGUCCUCGGACCCGCCUUCAACUUCGGCUACUGUGGGAAGUUUUCAAGUGGAAUCAGUUACACCAUGAUCUACAACCUCCUUAACUUCCCCGCCGGCGUGCUCCCCGUCUCCAGAGUGACGGCGGAGGAUGAGGAGAACCUGAAGGACUACAAAGGGAACUUCCAGGACUAUUUGGAUAAGCUCCUCCCACAGGCGGUGAGGGGCAGCCAGGGCCUCCCCGUGGCGGUGCAGUGCGUGGCGCUGCCGUGGCAGGAUGAACUCUGUCUGCGCUUCAUGAAGGAGGUGGAGCAGCUGGUGAAGCAGGACAGGAAGUAGACGUCCUGGACGACAGAGGAGGAGGUGGGGCCAUGACCUUCGGGACGACAGUUAUUAAAACAUUUGAUUUAAAGAAACAACUUUAGCUAACUCACAUAAAAAUGUCUGUAAUUGUUUUCUUUGUUUUCAUGAAGGGAUUUGACAUUUAUUCUUAAAAUUUGAAGUAAUUUAUUCAUGUUUGAUCCUUUUAUAAUUGAUAAUAAUUAUGACAUGUUUAGUGUUUUACUUUGACAAAACGUGUCCUCUGUAGGGACAUUUGUAAACCUGAAUAACUGUACAUCCUACUGAACAACUCCAGACGUGAAGGGGCGGAGCUCUGGGAAUUGUAGUUUUUGGUGGACUUUGGUAAUUAGGAGGAUUCCAGGAAUUUAAUAGAAGGGAAUUAUUGUUUAUGUACAUGUAAAAUAACCAAGAAUGAACUUCUAAGAAUUUUUGUAACUUUUCUGCCAUUAAAAAUUAGAUUUCUGCUGAAA